AUGUCCCCGAGAAACCUCCCAAGAUCUUACUCCCCUGCUUCAAGUUCUCCGGAGGGCUCUAUGCCCUCAAAAUGCACAUCAUCAACUUCCAGUGCAUCUAUUAUCCUUACAGAUACAGAAAUGGAACACUGUAAUCAACAUGAUGACCUGAAUAAGUUUAUUCCGGUCGGGGUUAUUUAUUGGAGAAUUCCAACUGUCAACUCAACAUCUGAAGCAGGGUCGCCACAUAUGUAUUGCCCUGAAGCUGACUCUCUACGAAUUCUUGAGAAUUCGGGGUGGAUAAAACUCAUGGUCGGGGAAGAAGCCGCUGGAGGAUGGAUGAGCGCCAGGGUUUAUGUAAGGCCUGAGGAGAUGAUUCCAACAUUACCGCACAGAUCGUAUCAGCGUCUUCGACGUGCUUUGAGGGAGAUCAUGGCUAAAUUAGAUACCUCUGCUGAUGCGUGGAAUGGUCUAAUUGAACUUGAUCGAGUUAAGGGUGCCGGAAACACAAAUGGUGAAGGGGAAACCCUUUUUUACAUCUUCAACACCCUGGAAUCCCCAAACCCAGAGGCAAUAUGUGUCGCUGACUCUUGGGCCCGAGCAGCAAUCACCAGCAUUAUGUAUUCUAAUGAUGAGAACGACGAGUAUUUCGGCGUUCAGGGCCUAAUCACGAAAUUAUACCCAUAUCAACAGCGGUCCGCCGCUUUGAUGAUCCAGAAGGAAGUAGAGCCAUCACUGUCGCUUGACCCCCGGCUGCAAGCCCUUCAGGGACCAACCGGUAGUAAAUACUACUAUGACAGAACCGAAGGAACCGUAUUCCAGGAGCCCAAGUUCUACUCGAAUGUAACCGGAGGCAUCCUCGCGGAAACUAUGGGCUACGGCAAAACGUUAAUAUGUUUAGCUGUGAUUUUAGCAACGCGGGGCCACAUGCCUUCUAUCCCCUCGGAGUAUGUCUCCGUCCACCCUGUUAGGGGCAAGACCGGUUCUCUAAUGGAAAUGGCUGCUGCCGCAGCAGGUGCUUAUUCUCUUCCCUGGGCAUAUCAUUUCGGCCGCCUUGAAGCUGAUGGUAUGCACUAUGGCAAGUGCCUCACUGCUUGCGCCAGAAACCGUGGCUCAUAUACUAUAACUCGGACUCCGAAGUAUGGCCGUCGAAAUACAGCCAGUUCAAGAGACAGUUCGAUUACAGUACAUAUAACCUCUGCAUCACUAGUUGUUGUGCCUCCUAACUUGGUUGACCACUGGCUCGCUGAGAUUGCAAAACAUACUGAGGGGUUAAAGGUUCUAGUGUUAAGAGACAUCAAUGAUAAGACUCCUCCGGCAGCCGAACUUCUGAAGUACGAUAUAGUGCUGUUUUCGCAGGCUCGGUUCAAGAAGGAAUCUGGGGGGUUCAGCGCGGCAGCACCAGUCACCUACUCUUCUCCUUUGAGAGCGCUACAUUGGCUGCGAAUAAUUGUUGAUGAAGGUCAUAAUUUUGCCGGUACGGGAGGCAAGAGCAGCUCAGUCUAUAUGCUAGACAAACUACAGGUUGAGCGGCGAUGGGUUGUUUCCGGUACCCCGUCGAAGGGCCUCUACGGUAUCGAAAUCAGUCUCGCUGCUGAGGGUAGUUUUGAUUCCGCUUCUGACGAGGCAAAAGCCAGCGACAUACUGAAUGACCGUAAAAACCCCCAAAAUGUGCUACAUGAAGAGCUAAAAAGGGUAGAAAACCUGCGGUCUAUGGUGGUCGACUUUCUCAACCUCAAACCUUGGGCAAAUUCUCGGGCUGCUGACCCGGCUAAUUGGACAAAGUACAUGACGCCAAUUGGGCCUGGUGGAAAACGAAUAAUGUCAUCAUCUCUACGUUCUACGCUUCAAUCUCUUGUCGUACGUCAUCGGUCAGAAGACUUACAUCGGGAGCUCCCACUCCCAAAACUCCACAAUGAAGUUGUUUAUCUUGAACCAACCUUUUACGACAGGGCAUCGCUAAAUUUGUUCAUCCUCCGCAUUGUUGUUAAUACAAUAACGUCGGAAAGGUCCGAUGAAGAUUAUCUAUUCCACCCGAAAAACAGAAAACACCUAUCUCAGUUGAUGAACAAUCUGAGGCUUGCAGGAUUUUGGUGGCCGGCUAUGGAAACUGAAACGAUCCAAGGCACAACGCUCAAGGUUGCGAGACAGUACCUGGAGAAAAAUAUGUUUCGAAUGGCGGACAAAGAGUUGGUAUUACUCCGCCAGGCCAUCAUCACAGGAGAGACAAUUUUGAGUUGUUCUCCUCGGAAUGCCCUGUGCCAACGAGAGGAGAUUGGUAUCUUUGUCGAAAAUUUCCCCGAACAUGCACGGGGAUUCUGGGCGAUCGAUGAAUCAGCGGAGUACCAAGAACCACUGUUGCUUGGGCUGUCGCUUGCGCGGGAAGCACAGAAGUUCGUUACUGCGCAUCUUUGCUCAAUGGAUCCUGGAGAAGGCCUCGCAGGAGCUGGCCUCAGAGCAAAGCAACUGAGAUACAAAAAGCUAGAAACAGUUAAUAAAUCAUCUGCAAGCCGAAACUCUGAAGAAGGUAUUGUCCAUCGGUCGAAACCAGAAAAAUCUAUCAACGCAGCAACUUCAAGGACAAAGAGCUUACCUGCAGACUCUAGUCUAAAGAAGGCAAGGGUCAUCGGGACCGUAUCUGCUAAGCUUACUUAUCUCUUGGAAAAGGUGCUCGAAUUUCAAGACUCUGAAAAGAUUAUCAUUUUCUACGAGAGUGAGAACACGGCCUUUUGGAUAGCCGAAGGACUUGAGUUACUAGGAACCGAUUUCAGAAUCUAUGCAAGUACGCUAAAGCCUUCUCAAAAGUCUGAAUACUUGUCUGUUUUCAACGAGGGCGAGUCAGUUCGUGUUUUACUCAUGGACCUCCGUCAGGCAGCUCAUGGGCUUCAUAUCGCAGCAGCAUCUAGGGUAUACAUUGUGAAUCCAAUCUGGGAUCCAAAUAUCGAGAGUCAAGCCAUCAAGCGAGCUCAUCGUAUUUCACAAUCUCGUCCCGUUUAUGUGGAAACGCUUGUGCUGAAAGGGACCCUUGAAGAAAAAAUGCUCAAACGGAGAAAACAGAUGAGCAGUACUGAGAUGCAGCAUGCCGAGAAGGACAUGCUGGAUGACAAUACAAUGAGUUAUAUCAUCCAGAAUGAAGGCUUUCUUCCCCUCCCAGACGACUUGCGAUCCCCCUCGCCAGCUUUUUUGAAAAGUCCCCUUGGUUUAUUUGAUAGACACGAGCUUCCUAUACCUGGUGACUACGACAUCCCUAUUCAUUCGCCCGUCCAGCAGGUCAUGGGCAGAAUGCCAGAGCUGAUUCUCGAUUCACCGACGCCUGACAAGAAACGCAGGCUUACUAGUUUCCUUGAGUUCGACUUGCUUACAGAUUCUCCGGGUAAAAACUCACCGAAACGGCGGCAAGAAUCGCGCAAUGAGGAAUAUGUAAAUCAAAAUGGGAUAAAAUUUAUAUCCCCUCGAAGCACGCCUCGUAGGCGACGAACAUCAUCUAAUCUCUUGUCCAGUCCUGGAACAAGCAGCAACGGCAACUCCGUACAGAUAUGA